ACAUCUUUUUAAAAUGUAUAAAAUUGUAUAAAAACUUUAUAAAUUUACAACUGUCCUCAAAUAAACCAAGGCUAAUUGGCCAUUCGUUCAAUAUUUUAACUCUUGCAUAAUUUUAUUGCACUUCGCUGAAUAAUUCACUGAUGCAGCAUGCGGUUUGGCACCUCAGUAGCCAGCUGGUUGCUGCUGGGCAUACUGCUCCAGCUGUUCGUGCCCGGUGCCGGCGAAUGCUGCCACUCGAAAACCAUCGCCUUUCAGUUGGCCGACAGUGAGGAUGACUGCAGUCUCUACGAUUCCAAGUUGACAAAGGGCGGCGUAUGCAAGAUGUCCAUUUGCGAUGAUGGAAGCGCCGUCGAUGGCACCUACUGCGGCCAGGGGCCGUGCAACAUGUUUGGCUGCAACUGUGAGGGCGGCUGUCGGAUGGGCAAUGGAGUCCAAAUAUUGCGGGACUUCUACGGCGACUACCAUGUACGCAAUGUGCAUUUUGUAUAGUCGAAAAGAAGACCAAUCUAUCAUUUGUCAAUAAUACAGGACUGGUAUAUACCCUGUUCUUAGCUGAAGGUUGCCAAACCCUUUUUUACACUUUUACUUUACCCUAGACAAUAAAGCUUGCUUGUUGGAAAAUACCAAA